AUGAAGCAAAAAAUCACGAUCAGUUUGCCAGUAAACGAGGAUAAAUGUCGAGCAAAGGCUAUGAAAAUUGCAGUAUCUACUGCAGGGGUGAUCUCGGCUGAUAUGGAUCCGGUGAAAAAACAGUUGGUGGUUACCGGGGAGGGGGUUGAUUUUUUCGGGUUGAUGAAAGGCUUGAAGAGGAAAUUCAGAUGUGCCACCAUUAUCGCCAUUGAAGAAGUGAAACCACCAGUCAAGAAUCCGCCGCCGGCGAAGACGCCACCGAAGACGCCGCCGAAGAAAUGCUGCAAACCUUGUCCUUGUCCGCCUCCAAGUUACAGCAACUCGUGUGUAAUCCCGGUUUACGACUCGUAUCCACAAAACUGCACCAUUCUUUGA